AUGGCCGAGGAAAUGGAUCCUAAGUUUAUCGAAGAUAGUCUUGGUGCUAUUGGAGGUGUAUUCGGUGAAGCUAAUCUACAUAAUGUUUGGGUUGAAGCAAACAAGACAGCAGUACCAGCAGCAUCAGCAUUCAACAAGCGUCUCAUGGUAGUCGGUAAAUAUAAGAUGCUAUCCUUGAAGAAAGGUACAUUCGGUAAAUCUGUUGAACUUGAAUUCCAUCUUUAUAGUAUUACAGAGAUAAAUUAUCAGGACGAUGAAACCGUUGUAAUUAAAUAUCAAGUGGAAGUAGGUGAGCAGCAACAGCAUCUUGGAAUAACAGUGAAGGCAUCGCUCGAGAAGAUUCAACAACUGAUAUUGGCCAUCAGAACCAGUUACCGUCAAAUCACCUGUGGAUUCAGUGAAGAGAAUAUGUUCAAAUUGAAUUAUCCACCUGAAAAGUUACUUCCAUUUUCAACACCAUUAGUUAUGUCAGCAGCAUCAGGAUAUAUAGAUACAUAUAUAGCACAUUCAUACUUUUAUAAGACAAUCAGUACUCUCGAUUAUAUUAGAUACAUUCAAGCAUUGGAUAGCAAUGAAACAUCGGAACUAGACUAUACACAUUCACCAGGAAAUGAUCCAACCUCUGAAAUCUCAUUCAAUCUCUUCACAGCCAUUACAUCUCUACGUCAUAAUACUUUCUUUAAAUCAUUGAAUCUAGCCGGUUUGCCACAUGCCAACAAACAAUCGUUUCAACCGAUUGCAAAUGGCUUGGUAAAGAAUCCAUCAAACAGAGUUCAGAUGAUCGAUUUCUCAAAGAAUACAAUCACCUAUCCAGUUAUGGUAACUCUUUGCGAUUGUUUCUCAAAGUUACAACAUGGUCUCGUUAGUUUAGAUCUAUCCAAAUGUAAUUUACAACCAAAAGCAAUUUCAAUAUUAUUUGAAUCGUUUGAACGUAAUUUUGGUAUGUCUUUGGCGCUAAAGUAUUUAAAUUUAUCAUAUAAUAAGAUGGGUGAUAUCGGAUCACAGGCGUUGGCCGGUUGGAUGUCAAAGAUCAAGGGAUUCCACUCGCUUCAGAAUCUGGUGUUGUCCAACUGCGCUUUGAAUUUCCAGAUUAUGGGACCACCACUUCGUGUGCUCGAUGUUCCACGUUUGAAUCUCUCGGGUAAUCGAAUCGAUCGUGAAGCAUCAAAGACACUGGGAUCACAGGUUUUCGACUCGGUGACAACGCUCACCGAUUUGAAUCUCAGUGAAUGCUACCUCAAUGCCCAGUCGCUCGAGGACAUCUUUGUGGCGUUCAAUCGCAACCGAAAGAUUGCGCACUUCACAAUCAAUCUCUCACGAAACAGCUUGGGUGCAGGCGAAGCUUCGAUACUCUCGAAAUCGAUCUCGGGAUGUCGCUAUCUAGAAGCGCUCGACAUCUCUCACAACAAGCUGAAUUGUCGAUCGCUGAUGGAGCUGAUCAACGCCAUCAAGAACAUCGAUCGAUUCAACCUUCACGAGUUGAACAUUGGCAAUAACUAUUUCACUGUUGGACCUGAGGGUGAUCAACUCUGUGGCUUGAUCGCUCAGUUCAUUACAAACUUCCCAACCGUUCGCACUCUCAAUCUCCAAGGUGGACGUUAUCCACUUGGAAAAUCGCUAUUCCCACUACUGGAAACACUGGUAAAGAAUCAAUCGUUGCGCGAAAUCGAUAUCUCUGACAAUGGACUGACAGACGCAUCCGCUUCGAUCGUCGGUGAAAUGCUGAGAUACAACAAUACACUGCACUAUCUCAACCUCGAUAGCAAUCAAUUCGGAUUGUCCGGCUGGACAUCGAUUGCACAACCACUGCUCUUUGACAUCAAUCGUACAUUGAAUCACAUGAUUUUCUCCAAGACUCUCUCGAAAGCCUACACCUCAACCGAGAUCCAAAACUUCUCACUUCACCAAGCGUUCAAUACUCUCUCGAAAGAGAAGCGUAGCCAAUUGAUACAGUUGUUCCUAAAGAUGCAAGACAAGCUGGCAGAGAAUCGUUUCGAGGCAUCGUUGGAUCUCAAUAGCUACGUGUCAGAGUAUGCCACUCGUGUUGGAUACGUCGUGCCAACCUCGGCUGACGUCGUUCCUCUCGUCCCGGUGCCCGAUCAUCUCUCAGCACUUCCACUUCCACCUUCACCAAUGCCCGAGAAUUCCGUAUUAAACAAAUCACUUCAAUCCACCCAUCUUCAUGACGGUGCCGACAAGAAGUUAGCAACUGGAAACCAGGGCUUGGUAAGCAGUACUGCAAGUACUGGAUCAGUGAAUGGAAACAGCAACAACAGCAACAAUAACAAUAUUUUACCACCAUCGUCGGUUGGCGUUGACCUUAACAAACAAACUCAUUCCAACAACGAUUCUUUAGCAAAUGGAAUUAAUAAUAAUAACAAUACAACAACAUCGGCAGCACCACCAGCACUGUUGCCAACACAGAGCUCUGACUGGCAACCCGACGAAAACAGUGAAUUCGAAAUUGAGCAAGUUGAAACAGGUAGCAGCUCCUACGUCAACUACGAAAGCAGCGAAGAGGAAAUUACAAAUUCCGAACACGAAUCAUCUGACGAUAAAAAGAGAAAAAAGAAAUCAAAAAACAAUUUCCAAAAUGAAGCUGAAGUCAUAUGA